CCUUUUUGCAGAGUCACAGGCAUUUUGAACUACAACAACAAGUGUCAUCUGCUCAACCCUCCUCUGCUGCAGCAUGCGUGAGAUCGUCCACCUGCAGAUAGGCCAAUGUGGGAACCAAAUUGGAGGAAAGCACAGAAGUACGUCCCUCGCGCUGUGCUUGUGGAUCUGGAACCCGGAACGAUGGACAGUUUGCGCUCCAGUGCCAUUGGACCUCUGUUUCGUCCAGACAGUUUUAUUCAUGGCAAUUCUGGAGCUGGCAACAACUGGGCUAAAGGCCACUACACAGAGGGAGCAGAGCUGAUAGAAUCAGUGAUGGACGUGGUGAGACAUGAGAGUGAAAGCUGCGAUUGUCUUCAGGGUUUUCAGCUGGUGCACUCUCUCGGUGGAGGAACAGGAUCUGGAAUGGGCACUCUUCUUAUAAACAAGAUAAGGGAGGAAUAUCCAGAUAGGAUAAUGAACACCUUCAGUGUAAUGCCUUCUCCCAAAGUCUCAGACACAGUGGUGGAACCAUACAAUGCCAUCUUGUCCAUUCACCAACUGAUUGAGAGCACAGAUGAAACCUUCUGCAUCGACAAUGAAGCUUUGUACGACAUCUGCUUCCGCACACUGAAGUUGUCCAACCCGACCUAUGGAGACCUCAACCAUCUGGUGUCCAUGACCAUGAGCGGGGUGACCACCUCACUACGAUUCCCCGGACAGCUUAACGCAGAUCUGAGAAAGCUUGCCGUGAACAUGGUGCCUUUUCCUCGUCUUCAUUUCUUCAUGACUGGCUUUGCCCCUCUAACAUCUCGCAGGAGCCAGCAAUACAAGUCUCUGACAGUGCCGGAGCUCACUCAGCAGAUGUUUGACUCCAGAACCAUGAUGACUGCCUGUGACCCUUACCGUGGCCGUUAUUUAACGGUGGCUGGCAUCUUUCGUGGACGCAUGUCCACCAGAGAAGUGGAUGAGCAGAUGUUGGCUGUGCAGUCCAAAUACAGUGCCUAUUUUGUGGAGUGGAUCCCCCACAACUUUAAGGUUGCCGUGUGCGAUAUCCCACCCCGUGGACUUAAGAUGUCCGCCACCGUUAUUGGAAACAACACUGCCAUCCAAGAGAUCUUCCGACGCAUCGCUGAGCAGUUUUCAGCCAUGUACCGCAGGAAGGCUUUCCUCCACUGGUACACUGGCGAGGGCAUGGAUGAAAUGGAGUUCACUGAAGCAGAGUGCAACACCAAUGAUUUGAUUGCUGAAUACCAACAAUACCAGGAGGCCACAGCAGAUAUAGAUGACUAUGAGGAGGAGGAGGAAGAAGAAGUAGUAGUACGAGUGACGGAGACCAUAGAAAGGGUGUACAAGUAGAACCCAACUGGCCAAAGGUCAGAAGAACGAACAAUUCUUGUAUAUAGCAAGCAAACAUCCUGAGUUUUAUGUUUCUAGUGCAGUGUUGGAAAAAGAAAAUUUGAUUUGUCACUCUUUUUUAAAGAGCCUUUGUUUGUUCUUUGGUCAGUUUAAUCUUAGCGCUUCACAAGCAUUAGCACUUCUUUGCUACCAAGAGCUUUAACCGCUCGUUGACAAUCAUAUUGCCUUGCCACUAUAAUGCCUGUAGUUAACACACACAUUUAAGAAACUGUGCAGCACUACUCUAACAAGGCACUUGCCUACUCAAAGGAAUGUGUAGUGCUCUCUUCAGAAGACUAACCUUUAGCACACUCUACCCCCACCUCACUUCACUGCUGCAGUCCUUGAAAAUACCUGAUGGUAUAGAAAAACAGCUGAUUCACUCCAAACCCAUCCAACUAAAGUACUCAGCAUCUGCAUGGCCUAUUGCAAAGCCAAAAAGUUAUGCGAGUCCAACACAGUGCCUACAUUAUGGAUUACACUCUGGACUUCAGCAAGCAGACAGGGAAGCAGGGUGGGUUGAUUGUCAAAAGAACAGCCUAGUCUAAUAACCACUUUUUAAUCAAUUAAAUAUUUUCUAGGGACAAAUCAGAAUACACAUGUUGAGAAUACUAAAAUUUUCAACUGUUUCCAAGAUCUGUGCAUUUGUCGAAGUUGGAUAUUUCUAAAUGGACGUAGCUAAAGGAAAUGGUAUGCAUGCAAAGGCUGUUUUUUUUUUUAAAUAAGACAGUCUUCAUCAAAAUUCAGCUUGAAAUAAUCAGAGUGGUGGCCUUAUGCCCUUC